AUGGAUACGCUACCGAACAUCAAAGAGCUGUCUGUUGCGCAUGACACGACUCAACUAGACAAAAUAGGCCAAGGCAACUGUGGAACAGUCUGGGCGGCUCCUUGCUUAGGUUGCAGCGGACAUAGCCAUCUGGCCAUGAAACAAGAAAACAGCAGCACUGGUCGGUCACUUUCUCAUGAGUUACAAAUUCAUCAAAAACUCCUUAGAGCAUCUGCGCUGGGCUGUCUUCCAUUCGACAUCCCUCGCUCUUUCGGCUUCCUAGAUGCGCAGAACAGUGCAGUAUGGAACGACAUCCUACCAAGAUUACACGACACAUAUACAAGACGCAAUGCUAUUGUUAGCGAGAAGAUCAUACCGUUUCCAGUCUCUACUCGGAGACUGCUCAUACGGAAAUUCAGUUCUGAUAUAGAUGAAAAGAGAGUCAUGAACAACUUGACCAACGAACAUUGUCUUAUUCGACCAUAUCUACGCCGUCGAAGGUAUCGCAAUCCUAAGAAUGAUACAGCAGAACAGAAAAAGUGGAAGCGCCCGCGAGCUUUCAGCCUUCAAAACUUCCCACUGCACUUGGAUCAGAUGGAAAAGUUGGGCCUUGAUCCCUGUGAAUACGCAAUUGUCAUGGCAGAUGCUCUUGCUUUCAUGCACUGGGUUGCAAGAGUAGAUGGAAAUGAUGUCAAGUUUGUGCUUGCUCGGCCGCGAAGUCCACCGAGCAUCUGCUGCCAACACCACCGGAAAUCACCUCAGGAUGCGUACCCUCAUAAUACCGGCAUAUUAGGUCCGCAUACCAUGUGGAUACUGGACUUUGACUUGUGCAGGGACUUGACGCUUGACAAAAGCGGCAUCGAACAAGCCUGCAACGCGUUUUGGGGCAAUGACCCAUGUUAUCCUCAGCCUGGUCAGUCGGCUACGGCGGAUCAGAGAGUGUGGGAUACUUUCGAGCAUCGAUUUCUGGAAUCCAGUGCCAAGGCUUUGGGAACGCGAUCAGGUCAAAUCGGGGUGCUUCCCAGCCUACUCAUGGAGAAGAUCAAGCAGACUGCAAUGGAUGUUUCAAAGGACGAAUUUGGAAACUGGUAG